AUCAAAACACAGGAAGCCAGAGGAAGAGUGGAGCUGCGUCGGGCCACUGGAAUCGUGAGUCAGACUGUCAGACUCGAACCCAUCCAAAGGCCCAGAUUUCCUCUUCCAUCUCGCGCCCAAACCUCUCUUUCUCUCUCCGUUAGCAUAGUGAGAGAAGAGUAACAAGUAACAACUUAAUAACACUCUUUUCUUUUCUUUCCUUUCCCCCCACUCGAGCAGACUCACACACACACACACACACAAGCUCUCUUUGUCUCUCUUCCGAGGGUUUUGGCUCUCGAGAAAGAAAGCCUCGUACCAGUUCCGUUCAUCCUUGGCCUUGAUCCUACACCCACUCUUCAUUGCGCUCGCAGAAGCAUCGACUCAUGUGCUCGUACAUUCAGUUCGUUUUCCUCAAAUGAAUUGUGAUCACUGAAUGCGCCUUUUGCUGUGUUCCGGUGUUUCGAUUUCAGAGGAGUAGCUCCAAAGCUGAAUCUGGGGUCAAGGUUUCAAGUUGAUGGCGUGGAAGGAGGCCGAUGGUGCUAAUGGCAGAGAGGGAGACGCCACUAGCGAUAACAGCUGCUUGAAAGGACGUCAUCCUUCUACUGAUAGGAAUGGCUCUCCAGUAUCAAUCCCUCCUGCACACAAGAAGUUCGAAGGGGAAAAUGCUUUGUCUUAUGCCAACACCCUUCGCUCCAGGAAUAAGUUUGUCGAUGCUCUUGAUAUCUAUGAGAGUGUCUUGGCUCGGGAUAGUGGGAACGUCGAAGCUUACGUAGGCAAGGGAAUCUGCCUGCAGAUGCAGAACAUGGGUCGUCUUGCUUUUGAGAGUUUCACAGAAGCCAUUAGGCUUGACCCACAAAAUGCUUGUGCUCUCACUCAUUGUGGUAUUCUGUACAAAGAGGAAGGUCACCUGAUGGAGGCUGCUGAGUCAUAUCAGAAGGCUCUAAGAGCAGAUCCCUCGUAUAAACUAGCUUCUGAAUGCCUAGCAAUUGUUCUGACAGAUAUUGGGACCAGCUUAAAACUUGCUGGCAACACACAGGAGGGAAUCCAAAAGUACACAGAAGCUCUUAAAAUAGAUCCUCACUAUGCUCCUGCCUAUUAUAACCUUGGGGUUGUUUAUUCGGAGAUGAUGCAAUAUGAUAUGGCUCUUAGUUGCUACGAGAAGGCUGCGCAGCAGAGACCUAUGUAUCCUGAGGCAUAUUGUAACAUGGGCGUCAUCUACAAAAACCGAGGGGAUUUGGAGUUGGCUAUCAGUUGCUAUGAGAGGUGUUUGGCUGUGUCACCAAACUUUGAGAUUGCAAAGAAUAAUAUGGCAAUUGCCUUGACAGACUUGGGAACAAAGGUCAAACUGGGGGGAGACAUCAAUCAAGGUGUGGCAUACUACAAGAAGGCUUUGUAUUACAAUUGGCACUACGCAGAUGCUAUGUAUAAUCUUGGUGUUGCAUAUGGUGAAAGGCUUAAGUUUGAUAAGGCAGUUGUGUACUAUGAACUUGCAUUGCACUUCAAUCCUCACUGUGCAGAGGCGUGCAACAAUUUAGGAGUAAUUUACAAGGACAGAGACAACCUUGAUAAAGCUGUGGAGUGUUAUCAGAUGGCUUUGUCAAUCAAUCCAAACUUCUCUCAGUCUCUAAACAACCUUGGUGUUGUAUACACUAUCCAGGGUAAAUUGGAUGCUGCAGCAAGCAUGAUUGAGAAAGUUAUUGUUGCAAAUCCCACAUAUGCGGAAGCAUACAACAACUUAGGGGUACUCUAUAGAGAUGCAGGCAAUAUAUCUCAAGCUAUUGAAGUAUAUGAACAAUGCCUUAAGAUAGAUCCUGAUUCUCGAAACGCUGGCCAGAACCGAUUGCUUGCAAUGAAUUACAUAAAUGAAGGCAAUGAUGAUAAACUCUUCGAAGCUCAUAGGGAUUGGGGUAGGCGAUUUAUGAGGUUAUAUCCACAGUACACAUCUUGGGACAAUCCAAAAGAUCCAGAGCGGCCACUUGUUGUUGGAUAUGUCUCUCCAGAUUAUUUUACUCAUUCAGUAUCAUAUUUCAUUGAAGCACCCCUUGUCUGUCAUGACUAUUCCAAAUACAAUGUUGUCUUGUACUCUGCAGUAGUGAAGGCGGAUGCCAAAACUACUAGAUUUAAAAACGAAGUUUUGAAAAAGGGUGGGUUGUGGAGAGAUAUUUAUGGGAUUGAUGAGAAAAAAGUCGCAAAUAUGGUUAGAGAAGAUAAAGUUGACAUCUUGGUUGAACUCACCGGUCAUACUUCUAACAAUAGAUUAGGAAUGAUGGCUUGCAGACCAGCACCUGUCCAGGCAACCUGGAUUGGCUACCCAAACACUAUUGGUUUGCCGACCAUUGACUAUCGAAUCACUGAUUCACUAGCUGAUCCCUUGGACACUAAGCAGAAGCAUGUUGAAGAGCUAGUUCGGUUGCCUGGCUGCUUCCUUUGUUACACACCAUCUCCUGAAGCUGGGCCUGUUUCUGCAAGUCCUGCUCUUUGUAAUGGUUUUGUUACUUUUGGGAGCUUUAAUAAUCUUGCGAAGAUAACACCAAAAGUCCUGCAAGUUUGGGCAAAGAUACUUUGUGCUGUUCCAAAUUCCAGAAUAGUGGUGAAAUGUAAACCAUUCUGUUGUGAUAGUGUAAGACAGAGGUUUCUUACUACACUGGAGCAGUUGGGACUUGAAUCACAGCGUGUUGAUCUUCUGCCAUUAAUCCUUCUCAACCAUGAUCAUAUGCAAGCAUAUUCCCUCAUGGAUAUUAGCCUGGACACUUUCCCAUAUGCAGGAACAACCACAACUUGCGAAUCUUUGUACAUGGGGGUUCCAUGUGUCACUAUGGCAGGUUCAGUACAUGCCCAUAAUGUUGGUGUCAGCCUUCUCAGUAAAAUUGGUUUAUCGCAUCUUAUUGCCAAAACUGAAGAUGAGUAUAUCCAGUUGGCACUGAAAUUGGCCUCUGAUAUUACAGCUCUCUCCAACCUGAGGAUGUCUCUCCGGGAUGUCAUGAUGAAGUCCCUGGUCUGUGAUGGACCAAACUUCACCCUGGGUUUAGAAGCAACAUAUCGGAACUUAUGGCACAGAUACUGUAGAGGUGAUGUGCCAUCUUUAAGGCAUAUGGAAAUGCUACAGCAGCAGGUGCCUGAAAAGCCAGCCAUGAAGUUCUUGGAGCCCACCAAGAUCACAACCCCUAGGGAGAAUCCUCCAGUAUCUGUCAAGACUAAUGGCUUCAACACUGUCCUUCCAUCUGAAUGAACAGUUCAACUUGGAUGGAAGGUCAGAUGAUUUAGAUUAUGAGUCAGGAAAAUUGAGAUAAGUGUCACCCAAAAAAAGGAGGAAAAUUGAGAUGAGACGAACCUUGUUCCGUGGGUGCAAACCUUGUGGUAUCGCAUGGUUUUUGGGAUAUAUUAUGCGGCAUCUUAGGAAGAAUAAUAUAUUCAUUGUCAUUCUGCUGAACCUCCUCCUACGUAAAUUGAGAUUGGAAUUUGCUGCAAGAGGACUGCAGCAAGUCAGCAACCAUAUUGGAUGUAGCUUGUCCAGUGUAUCACAUUUUGGAAGUACUGCAGCAACCUUAUUGGAUGAGUGAAUUAUGAAUGAUUGCUAGGAGUGGAGGGGAUGUUGGAAGCUCAUGGAGGUAUGAUUUAUCAUGUUGGGCUUCUUCCCUGAUCAUAUUAUAGUGGUUUGUAAAUUAAACAUGAUCUGUUUAAUUAGUAGAUGGUUAGUUCGGGCAUAUUGAGGUUUUUGUUUUUGGAAAGAAAAAGAGAUCCCAAUAUGUUAGUAUCAUAAAGGAAAAAUAUAGUGCCACAGAUUAUACCCUGUAUUCCACCGAUUGUAUUUUGUUUUCUUUGCCAAGGCA